GGCCUGCUGCUGCCUGCUGGGCAGCGCCCGCGCUCCGCGGGCGUUUGGAAAGGAUGAAGGUAUGGUGCAGCUGGCUGGUGGGACGUUUCGGAUGGGAUUCGGUUCCCCGGAGAACAGGAAUGAAGAGGGGCCCGUCAGGGAGGUGACGGUGAAGCCCUUUGCUGUCGACAGAUACCCGGUGACGAACCGGGAGUUCAGGGAGUUUGUUAGAGAAAAGAAAUACAAAACCGAAGCAGAAGCAUUUGGCUGGAGCUUUGUCUUUGAGGAUUUCGUAUCUGAAGAGCUGAAAAAAAAAGUCACCCAAAAACUGGAGUCUGCCCCUUGGUGGCUGCCCAUCGAGAAGGCUUUUUGGCGACAGCCCUCAGGUCCUGGCUCCAGCAUAAAGGACAGGCUGGAUUACCCGGUGCUGCACGUGAGCUGGAAUGAUGCGCGGGCAUUCUGUGCCUGGAAAGGGAAGAGGCUCCUGGCAGAGGAAGAGUGGGAAUUUGCUGCCAGGGGAGGACUGGAGCAAAGGGUGUAUCCCUGGGGAAACAAGUUUCAGCCGAACCGUACAAAUCUGUGGCAGGGCGAUUUCCCAAGGGUUGACACAGCUGAAGAUGGUUAUCACGGCGUCUCGCCGGUGGCAGCGUUCCCUCCUCAGAACAACUAUGGGCUCUAUGACCUGCUGGGGAACACCUGGGAGUGGACUGCGUCCGAGUACCUGACCCCAGGACUGUCAUCGAGGCAGCGUGCUCAGAACAUGCAGGUCCUGAGAGGUGCCUCGUGGAUCGACACUGCAGAUGGGUCUGCAAACCAUAAAGCUCGUGUAACUACCAGAAUGGGGAACACACCAGACUCUGCCUCUGACAACCUCAGCUUCCGCUGCGCUGCCGACGUUCUGCCUGUCCUGGCCGAGAAGAGCCGGACCAAACCUGAGCUCUGAGGAGGUCACUUGGGAAGACCUGAAGGCGUUUUCUCCUGUGGAGAUGAACAGUAACCCCCUGCAGUCACUUUCGUUAAACCCAGACAGUUUUAAAAAUGAAAAAUAAAUACUUUCAGCUAAAACUCCUUUCUGUGCUGGGAUGUCUGGGCACGAGCAGUGACUGUGAAUGGCAGGCAGGGGGGUUUGUCUUUAAUGUCCUUUUGAUGUGGUAGGUAUUCCUGCCCUCCUUCUGGUGUCCAUUUGAAAUAAACAGAGAUGUGCAUGGGUGUGGGACCAGGCCAGAGCUGCUCUGACCUCCAGCCCCAGCUGCAGCAAGCAAACACUGGCAGCCCCCGCCCUGUGAAGACCACCAUGGUGCUGCCAUGAGGGGCAGCUGCUGGGGGCGAGCAAUGGGGCACGUUCCUGGAAAGGGGACUUGUAUGUUUGUCCCCAUCUCCUUGGGAAGUCCCAGCUUUGUACCAUCUGCUGAGCCUUCUCUGAAGUAAAACAAGGCAUCUUUAUUGACCCUUGAGCACUGGCAAAAUGAUGAGUGUGCUCAUUUCUAAGUGCAUAGAUAACACAACCCAAAAACCCACCUCUCCCAGGUUAUAACCAGCAUAAAGGCUACAAACCAGCUGUGCACAACCUCUGCCACCAAAGCAGAUGGGACCAGCAGCUCUGAGCACAUGGGUGGGUGACAUCACCCCCUCUGGGCACUGCUCACCCUUCUCCACCCACAACUCCCCCAAAAGGGUCCCACUGCGGGGCUGGAUGAGCCGUCCAGACGCAGCUUCUCCAAACCCAUCCCUUACAGCAGGACACAGCCCAGGGGAAAAUCACAGCCAUCUGAUGGAUCUGCAUUUGCACCUGACCUGAGGCCACCCAUAUCUCUGAGAAAAAGCAAAAAAAA